AUGUAUGUCACCAGGGUGUUACUAGUCUGCCACUCAUUGUUCUGGCUGCUGCUCCUUCCGGCGGUCGUCCUCGGUGCCGCCGCGGAGACGAUGCAGACCUACAUUGUGCAGCUGCACCCGCACGACGAGGGCGACAGCGGCGUGGCCAUGCUCUCCGCCCCAAGUCAAGGUCGUGGCACCUCUCCUUCUCGAGAGGUCCGUGGCGUGGGAGCAGGAGAAGCGCCCUCCUCGCGCCUCCUCUACUCCUACCACACCGUGUUCGGCGGCCAUGGCGCAGCUUCAGCGGACGGCGGCGCAUGCGCACGGCGCGCUCCGGGCGUCGCGUCGGUGCGGCACGCCGACCGGCGUGGUGGAGCUCCACACCACCUACUGCACCGCUUCGGGGCUCAAACCGCCCCCAUCGGCGCGUGGGCGCGGUCCGGCACGCCACGGCACCACGGCAUCACGGGCCGCGCCGAUAAAGGCGAAGCGCAAAAAAGAAGCGGCGCAGCGCAGCCAUGGUGCUCGCCAACUCCGAGAUAA